AUGGGACUGGAUUACAGCUAUACGCAACCGUCGCUAUCGGAGGAGUAUGGUGACAACUCAGCCGACAGUGGCUACAGCCAAAUGGAGGCUGAUAUACUGCUGGACCAAACUGAGAUUGAAGCCGCGCGGCGUCAGUACCCUCCGCAGCCUGAAGUUGAGUUUGGCUUCCCCAAGGAAUGCUACUGUGGUGGCGAACCGCUUGUAGCCACAUCUUACACAAGAAAUGACCCUGGGAGAAGAUACUACACCUGUGAGAACAUCGACGACGGAGACUGCCAUGUUUGGAAAUGGUGGGAUGUGGCGGCUACCAAGGAGAUCAUAGCCCUAUCGAGACAUUGCGGCCACCUCUCGGAUAAGGUUGAUUAUCUAACGUGUGUGAGUGACUACGACACGCAGCUUAACCAGGUAAACGAACUGCAUUACGAGACAGAGCAGAAGUUGAUUAGCCUUGAGAGAAUUCAAUUCGUCAAUUGGCAUAUGGUGGUGGAGCAGAUACAGUUGACGAAUAUGUACGACUAG